CGACAAUGGGGAGCCUCACCAGCAUGUGCUAUCCGCCCACUUAAAACGUAGCACUGAAUACAACCAUGAGUCAUCGUUGUUAAUUGUAUUUAAGUUUGUAGAGCGAGAUGAUUUUUAAUCAUCAUGUCUUGUGAAGGCAAUGAUUGCGUAGCACCACCAAAACUCAAUUUUACUCUCAAAACACAGAGAGACUUUAAUGAGAAACCACAUGAUCGGUAUGAUGAAGAGAUUCGGUCACAACCACCAACAGAUAUUCUGCUAAUAACUGCAAACGACAAUGAAUUCAAUGCAUGCUAUUCAUAUAUGAAACAAAUCAGACGAGGUUUCUAUACAGAGCUAGGAUAUGUAGAUUUUGGUCAAUUUGGCGAUGGGGAUGAUCAGAAAGUGCAAGUUGCAUUGGUGAAAUGUAGACAGGGAUCGAGCGACACUCAGACGGUUGCCACAAUUGGAGCUACAAUUUUAAACCCCAAAGUAGUCCUUUUUGUUGGGAUCUGUGCAUCAAUGAGACCGAAGGAGGCAAAACUUGGCGAUGUCGUACUUUCCGACAAGUUGGCAACCUAUACACGUAGGGAAAUCAAGCCAGAUGGCACAGUGGAGUAUCACGGCGUUAAAACGGAGGUUAGUAGAAAUAUGGCAAAACUGUUUCUCCAUGCAGCUGAUGGUUGGAAACCACCGUUAAAAGACCCGGAAAGUUUAGACGUCGGACUACAUCGUGACGCCGUGAUGUUAAGUGGCCCGGAUUUAGUAAAUUGUAGUGAAAGACGACAGGAGUUAUCGGAUCAUUUUCCAGACGCACUUGGUCUUGAAAUGGAAGGUGAAGGUAGGUAGAAGCCUCCUACUAUCUUUGCCCAAAACUGUGGGACAUAUAUCGAAUUUCAUACAAUACAAUACAAUACAAUACAAUAAAACUGUAUUUUAACACGGUAAAAUCUUCAGUACAUUCAUUAAAUAUUAAAAAUAAUUACAACUGAUUUCCAAGAUUGCCGUGUGGGAGUCAUUUUACAAAUUAUAGUAAUAAUUUAAGGAAUUCUUAAAUAGUGGUAACGAACGAAGCAUUCGUAUCAUCCUUCAAGGCUCAGCGGCCUCCGUACCCACACUCGUGGGCAUAACUUGUUAAUAAAUUUUAUUUUAAAAUACCCCCCUCCCCCAACAAAAUGUUGUUGAGAAUGUGGGGAAAAUAAUGUGGGUGGGAGAGGGGGGAAACCUAAUGAAAAUAUCUGAAUGUAUUUUCCUAAACUUUCGAUCUAUUUGAUUAACAUGCAGUUUUGUCCACAAUUGUCUGCUAUAUAUAUAAAUGGCAGUUUUCCCAGUUAAACGCAAUCACAUAGAUAUCUUAUAUACACUAGAUAGUGCAUCUAAUUAUUCUGCAAUUCAAAAAUUGAAGCCGUGAUUGCAGUCUCAGGUCGUUUCCAUGAAAUGAGAAGGUUCGUAUGUUUUCUAUUUCUUAAACAGGGAACUUAAACAUUAUGUUAAUCCUAUUCCAAAUACGUUUUUAAAGUAUUCAAAUGAUGAAAGUUAUUGUUGUUUUUAAGCGUUUAUUAGCAAGUGGAAACGAUCAACAUGGCUGCCAUCUAUUCAAAUGGGGGUAACCGCUGGAAUAUCCAACAUGGCCGCCAUCUAUUCAAAUGGGGGUAACCGCUGGAAUAUUCUUGGCUUCAAUUUUACUAAAAGAGAUGCGCUAUCUAGUGUAUAUAAGAUAUCUAUGCGCAAUCAGCUGCCGAGGGCUUUAUGGUCUCGUUUCAGCCGAGAUUUUUAAGCUUCCAAACGAGGCUAUAAAAACACUAGUUUUUAGACACAUUUUCCCACAACACAGCAUUAAUCCAUUAUAAAUGAAUGAAUGAAAAAAUGGGAUUUCGACUGACAAUUUUUAUUCAUGAAUUUUUUCUGUGUUGGUGUAAUGUAUACUCAGGUGAUUACCUACGACCUUUGGAAUACUAGCCCAAUGCUCUGCCAACUGAGCUACGUGGUCAGGUCGGUUCGAGUAUGUGAUAUUUCGGAACUGAGUCUAGUUCCUUUAGCCUGCGUGCAGCCUGACUUUUUGAUGGGGAAGGGAAAGUCAGGCUGCACGCAGGCUAAGUUCCUUCGAUAUCGAUGUAAACUAGACUCAGUUCCAAAAUAUCACAUACUUGAACCGACCUGACCGCGUAGCUCAGCUGGCAGAGCAUUGGGCUAGUAUUCCAAAGGUCGUAGGUUCCAUUCCCACUGUGGACAGGCAUAUUUUUCAAGCUUGCCCGGUGUGGAUAUACACUCAGAGUAACAUCACAAGCAUCAAUUUUUAUUCAAUUCGUAUUUGGUCAUUUUUCUUUAUAAUAAGAAAAAAAUGUAUCAUUAUUGGACAGCUAAAAUCAAAAUUUUAUUGCUGUGUAAAAAUGUUAUCAAUAAACUCGAUAUCUAAUGCAUACGAACAUGCUAAAGUUCGACUGCCUUCUUUUUAUUGUACUGCUUAGUUAUGCACAAAAGUGGAAAUAUGCAGCCUUUUGACCGGCAAUUUUUAAUCGGCUCGUAUUUAGUCAAUUGUGCUUGGAAUGAAAAAGGUGCCAAUCAAAAGCUAAAACCCUAUUGUUAGUAAUAUAGAAAAAAUAGAUCUGUGCAUUUAAUUAAUUAAUAGUAAUGGCACAAGAACACGCCAAAGUUGAAUUACCUUUCUUAACCCAUAGAGAUUAUUAAUAACACUAGAGGAGGCAUUGUAAUCUUAAUUCAGUCCAAAAGAAGGGAACGCGGUUAUUGGAGGGCAAAUUCCAGUCCCGGAUGUGUAUUCAUAUUCCCAUUGGUGAGGAGUUUCAGAUCAGCCAAUGAGAGCACGAUUUUAUAAGAAAUAGAAACAAAUGCACAAAGCGGAAAUGGUAAAACUAUGAUACAUCUGAGUGCAUGCGAAAACUACAUUGCCCAAUUUAGGUAUAUAGAUUGUCAAAGAUUGUUAUAAGACCAUAUUUUAGCUUCCUUAAAGAAAAGGGGUGGCUUUGCUAUUUGUCUACUCAUAGUUAAUAGAAAUAAUAAACAGUUUUUUAUUUCUAUUAACUAUGGUCUACUAAAUAUCUAUGUUAAGGCUAUAAAUAUAUGUUAAGGCUAGGUUAAGGUUUUAUUUAUUUAAACAUAUUUUGAGAAACGUUUGCCCCAAGAGCUAAUAAGCUCAUCAAGGGGGCUUACGCCUAUUUACAUUUAAAUAACAUCAGCCAGGAGACAGCUGGAUUACUUCAUCACAUUCAUCUACAUAAGCAUAGCCAACAAAACGUCUGGAUUGCCUAAUAAACUUUUGCACACUGGAAAAAAUGUAUCUAUUUUGAGCUAAUGACAAUUCAUCUUCACCACUUAGAAAUUUCUCACAGUGAGAUAUUUUCCAUAUCUUCACUAGUGAAGAUAUGGAAUCAUCACUAGUGAUAUGGAAUCGAUCACGUGACAAGGUUUUAAAGUAGUGUAUAAAUUUGUCAGUCUGAUAAAACCAAAUCACGGCAAAAAGGCAAGCAAAUUUCUCGGGAAAUUCCUUCGGUGCGCAAUUCCUUAAGGCGGCUCGCUACAGUUUAUAGAAAUGUUGAAAAUGCCUAAACUAGAUCACUUUUUUGAAGAGAUGAUGCUCUUUACAAAUCGAAAUUUGAAUAUUAUAUACACAGCGACAAGCAAACAGUCGAAAAUUGGUCAGAAAAGUGACGUCACCACUGUUGCUACGGCAACAAUGACGAUUCAAGAUGGCCGAUAUUUUUACUUUAAAAAAAGGUCGGUUACCCCCAUUUUUUAUUUCAGAAAACAUUUUCUUAUAGUGCAAUGCACUAUCUGACCAAUUUUUAAAAAAUUCUGUAAUGCAAAAAAAAAAUUAUUUCGAAAAACCAUGUUUAUAAAUUUUUAAAAAAUUUGGCAUUACAGAAUUUUUUUAAAAUUGGUCAGAUAGUGUAUUGUAUUAUAAGAAAAUGUUUUCUGAAAUAAAAAAUGGGGGUAACCGACCUUUUUUUAAAGUAAAAUGCGUUCAAAGCCAAACUAUCAGCCAUCUUGAAUCGUCAUUGUUGCCAUAGCAACAGUGGUGACGUCACUUUUCUGAGUAAUUUUCGACUGUUUGAUUGUCGCUGUAUAUAUAAUAUACAAAAUUCGAUUUGUAAAGAGUAUCAUCUCUUCAAAAAGGUGAUCUAGUUUCCGCAUUUUCAACAUUUCUAUAAACUGUAGCGAGCCACCUUAAUACGCUUGGAUGCGUAAUUGCUCCUAAACAAGUUAGCAGGAUGUAUAAAUAAUGAAGACCUCCCAGUGUUUUCAUUUUGUGCUAAACUUUUAGGUCUAUAUAAAGCGGCACAUGACCUUGGUCUAGAAUGGGGUGUUAUUAAAGCAGUGUCAAAUUUUGCUGAUGGAAGUGAAGACGUGACAAAGGAUUGGCAGCCAUUUUCUAGUGCAAUGGCGGCAUCUGUCGUCUACAAUAUGUUUAAACACCCUGUUGUGCUAAAAAACUGGUAUCGCCACAAAGAAACGAAAGACGCACAAGGUAGUUAUUCUUUUAGGGGCUUUUUGUAAAUGGAAAUUUCUAAAUUUCUAGUGUAUAUAUAUAGUUUCGUAACCUAUAUAUAUAUUUUUAUUAUAUAGUAGAGAGUGAGAUACUGAGAAAUACACAGUGAGAUAUUUUCCAUAUCUUCACUAGUGAAAAUAUCGAUCACGUGACAAUUUGUUUUUGAGCGUAAAAUUUCACAAUUUUUUGCUUGGGACUAUAUUAAUACAAUAAACAGAACAUUAUACACGGUGGCUUGAAGCACACUUGAAGAUAUGACUUUUAUCUUCUCGUGUUAAAAACAAUAUUUUACUCACACGCUGUGCUCGUUCGUAAAAUAUUGUUUCACCAUUCGAAGAUAAAAGUCAUCAUUCGCGCCGCCGAGUAAUAUCCUCUAUAUAUACAGGUAUACUAUAGGGCCUUUUUUAAGCCACAUAGAACUAAAUAUACCUAUAUCAAUUCUGAACUGUUGAACCAGUAUUACUACAGGAGAUAAUCGGAGAGGCGAAAACGUGGAAGUACCGUUCGCAAGAACCGUACUCGCAGAGAUGAAGGCACCAUACACUGUACAAUAUCUAAUUUAAACCGCCACUUGUGUACUCUUAGAUCCCACAAAUAAAGCGUCUGUUAGCAAUUGCUACGAACUGGAGCACAGUUAUUGGCCAAGAAAGAAAUUAGAUGAUGAAAUUCAGAAGAUCCAAAAAGGAAAGAUUAAAGUAUUGCAUGGAACAAUUGGAACGGGGAAAACGUCCGCAACUCGGCAUUAUAUUGAUGUGAACAAACAGAAGUUUGCAAUAAGAUGGCGUAUUGAUGUCUCUACAUCUACUGGUAAAUAUAGUGCCAUUGCGUCGUUGACUAGACUGGCCAAGGAACUUGGGGUAUCGUAUCGAGAGUUGUUUCAAACUAUUCAACAAAGAGCUGAAAGACAAGAAGAUAUAAUAUUUCUGUUGGAUAACGUACAAAAGAAGCCGUGUGAUGAAUGGUUUAGAGAGUUGUGGAACAUCCGAAGUUCAGUUUAUAUAAUUAUUACAACAAAUAUCGCCUUUUUGCAUUUCGAUCUCCCUGAUGCAGAGGAACUUCGAGUAGAGGAAUUCGAUGAAGCUUUUGAGUUUCUUCAAGAAAUUCACGAUGAUGAUGGUGAAGAUAUUUUAAAGCUCUGUAAACAAUUUGGUUGGAAUAUCCUUGGUCUGACAGUUGCAAGAGAUUACAUGUUGAGACACAAGAUAACUGCUCGUGCUUACCUAAGGAGACUGCGUGAAAGUGAGACCGUAAGGAAAGAUCAAGGCGAUGCAAGUGGACAUCCAGCACUCUACCACAGUAUACGUGCAUGUUUAGAAGAAGUUGAUCCUGACAAAUUUCUGGCGAUUGCUACUACAUCUUUUAUCUCCAAUAACAUGAUUCCAGUAUUUCUUCUAAGUAAUCAGCUAUCUGCAAGCAAUUCUUCGGAAAACGCAGCACGUUUAGAUGCUAUACAUGCUCAGCUAAAAUCACUGGUUCAGAUCACAAACCAAAAUAAAAAUCGGUUCUUUUCUUACCAUUCUUUUACUCAGUAUGUAAUCAAAGACAUGAUCAAAGAAAAUAAGUCAGUUAAAGCAGAUCUACAGCAUCUACCGUGCAGAUUGGCAGGAAUAUUUGUCAGAUAUAUCAGUAAAGAUAACCGUUUUUCAAAAAGUCAUUUUCUUCAGCGUGUCGUGUGUGAACAUGUCGAGGUAUUUCUGCGAGAACAUGCGAAGGUAUAUCUGAAAGAAUUGGAGAACAAGCAGAAUGAUGAUCCAACUAAUAAUGAAAGCAGAAAGAUGAUCGCAUCAAUAACAUUGGCUCGAUUAUCAGAGUUGCUUGGCUUCACAUACACUCAGCAACAGCCCCUCAUACGAGAUGAACUGGACGAUCAUUUUGAAUGUGCUACAUAUUUACUUCAUAAGCUAUGUGGAAUAACCGAAAAAGAUUUACAACCUGUGAAUGAAUCGGAUAAUGAACACUUACAAGAGAUGUUUGGUGUUACUGACAAAGAUCGAGAUAUGUUUGGUAUUACCAACAAUGAUUUCGCUGUCGCACAUCAGUUGUCAACAAAACUGACUAAGAAGAGUUCAGAACUAUCAUCAAGCUUGAUUGAACUUGUAUUCUGGCGCACUGUAAACGAACAAGAUCUUGCUAUGUUUCCUGAACAAGUCAAGGAGAAUGAGACGGUGAGGGAAAAGAUCAGAUCUUCAGAACCACUUUCACGAAGUGAUGUCGAAGAGUUAGUUAAACAUGGGGUGACGUACAGCGUGGAUCGCUAUCGUGAAUUGUUUCUACCAGAACUUUAUCUCUCAGUGAUUUACAGCUUUGGUCGAAAUUAUUUCUACAGAUAUCGAACAACACUCAAACAUCCAAGUGCUUAUUACAUCAGUCUUCUAAAGCGAGCGUAUUGCCUUUCACGUGCAAUCAGUAAGAGAAUGAAUCGAGGUGACGCUGUUUUACAUGAAUUCAUGGUGCAAGCGAAUGGUCUCUUGUAUCUUCUGGUUAACCACGACUUGGCAGAUGGUACAGAUAAGGAAAAACAGGUCCAUGCUAGGGACUUGAAGAAUGCUAUUACUUAUUACCAAAAGUUGGUUAGUGAAGAAAGAAGAUUUUUCGAAAUGGGAAUGUUGAAAAGAACGAAAGACGACACGUCCAGCAAGUUGAAGUGUUAUCAACAGAUCAUAAAAUGUUACAAAAGUUUGCUCAAGAUCAAUGAAGACGGUGGUCGAUGUAUCAAAGAUGGCGCCCAAGCUUGUGAAGAUCUUUUCGAGUUAUUGACACCUUAUGGAGCGCAGAAUGUUGACCGAACGAACGAACAUCUAGUUCAAUAUUCCAGACAUAUGAACGCCAUUGCAGAGUUUUAUUUGAGUACCAACAAUGAAGAGUAUUUCCCUAGAGCGACAGAGAUCUUUACCCUCUCAGCCGAGCAAGCUGAAAAAUACGAUGUGACAAUUAAGUUCUAUCUUGAAGCCCUGGUUGGCUUGGCAGAUGUCUGCAGCAGAAUUGGCAAACACCAGGAUUCAAUUUGUCAUCUCAAGCAAUGUGACAGCAAGGAAAGUCUCCGUAAAUUACAACGGCAGAACCCUCCUAUCCAAGAAAGAAUUUGCAACAUUCAAAGACGAAACGAUGCAUCAUCACCACGUGGACACGAACGAGGUAAGAAUCACAACACUGACGCAUAUUUAAUUUUUAUUUUAGACACCUUUUGGUUAAAAUCCUUGCCAACAUUUGUCAAAGGGCCAUGACAUUUUAUACAAACUUGUCAGCAAAACUUGUCAUGUCUCAAAGCAAGAUUCAACCGCCAAACUACAUCUCAGUAUAGAACAUUAUAUAUGUAAUAUCGGGUUCCUUUUUUAAAAGGAAAUGACAUAAUUAUAGACAAUUCGUUAACAAAGCAAGUGCAGCAAAGGGGUUCAAGAAUUUUCUGGAAUGUUUGCCAAAUUGCAUUUUUGCAAUUUCGCGAUUUCUGUUUCGAACUGGUUCUAUGUUAUUUUUAGUCUGCGAGCAAGCAUAGAUGCUACGGGCUCCAACCUCAACAACAUUUUGUACAAUUUGAUAAUUUAUCGUUUUGUUAGAUGAGGCUAUCACAUCCCAAUAUUGUGACGAUACUGAUGCAGGCCGAGCAGAUGGUUCAUCUUCUUACUCUAUUAAAAAUGGUAAGUAGUGUGUACUGUAUGUGACUGUGUGUACUAAACGUUUUUACUUGGCCUCAGUGUAUACGAACAGAAUUUUAUGAAGUAACAAAAGUAUUUCUUUUAUAUUUAUUCAAGUUCAUUGCGUGAUUAUUCACGCAAAUCUUUCGACCAAGUCUUGAGAGUUAAGAAAAGAGAUCGUCAAAGAAAACUGCCCACUCUCAUUAUAUCAGCGACCCCUACGGACGUUUAUCGACUUAAGUACUGUCUCCUACCUACGACACGUAAUUUGUCAAGAUAACUAGUUUAAAAGGUCAUGAUCAACCACAAUGCAAUGCGUACGUUUGUUGACGUUUCUGUUACGUUGUGGGCAGAAGGCAGCCAUUUUCGUGAUCUCGAAAAUGGCGGCAACUAUUGAGGAAAGUAACUGAAAAACGUAAACAAAAGCGCGUAUUGCAUUGUGGUUGAUCAUGACCCUUAAAAGCAAUGUUCAACGCCAAAAGCGGGAACUUGGGAACUAGGAACUAAAACUAGUAACUACAAACCUUAGUGUGUCCUCUUAUUUAAUAUCUUUAGAAAAUACAUGAUGGUCGUACAAUGAAAUACUUAGCUUCAGGACGAGUUCACUCAUAGACUGAAUCUUGAGUCUACGAUGCAACAGCGAAAGAUGUUCAACCGGCUUUUCUGUGAAAAACCAUUUUGAAACAGCUGAUCAGGCAAUUUACGCAGCAACCAAAGAGUUAUUUAAGCAACGGAAGAAACGCAAAUUAAUAUAAGAUUGAUAACGAUAAACUCGAACAGUCUGUUCUAGCGUAUGGUAGUGACAAUAACGCCAGAAAGUUGUGGAUUGAGAUGGAUUCAACUUCCUAAAAAAUACAAGAAAAAUUUCGACGUUUCGAGCGAAGGCACUUCAUAGGGAAGUUAGUGAAAGGCUUUCGCUCAAAACGUCGACGUUUUACUUGUAUUUUUCAGGAAGUUGAAUCCCUCGCAAUCCACACUUUCUUAAUAGACCUUAUGCAUAAUGACGUCACAAGGCUUGAUGCCCGCGAGGAAUGCUGGUCUUAGUAGUCAUCGCCCGGGAAAAUUAAAAAAUUAAACAAUUCAAAAUGGCCACUAUCGAAAUUUUUCCGGGCGGUAACUAUUAAGACCAGCACUCCUCGCGGGCAUCAAGCUUUGUGACGUCGUUAUGCGUAACGUCUAUUAACAUAUAUCCUGCUUACAUUAGAUCCUCAGUAUUAAAUCAACACAUACACUCUAUUUUUAAGUAAUCUAACGACAUUGUAUUUUUAUCUUAAAGGUGAUCUACAGUCCGUAUGUAAAUAAAGCCUUUGUUUACAUUUUUGUGUCCAAAAUAUUGAGCUUUAUUCGACAACUAUAUAUAUUUUCAAGCUUCUAGAGUAUAAUAAAUUAAUGAUCAAGAAACAACAAUCAGGCUUUUCAAGAACUCAAAACAUAGUUAAACUGUUUGUACCAUAAAAAGUGGGCUCAUUUGUGCACAUGCGCAGAUCGGACUGUAGAUCACCUUUAAGUUUGAGUUGUAUUGAUUGCAUGUAUCUCACCCAUCUAUCUAAAAGACUGAUAUAGAAAUCGUCUUUCUAAAGAACGAGUCAUAAUAUACUGACCACGUUUAUACCUACAAGUCAUAAUAUACGGACACAUAGGUAGUUACUAGCAACUGUUCCCCAGUGAUAAAAUUUAAAAGUCAUGAGUGGUUUGAAUUAUAACUGAUUUACUUUGCGAAGACGAGGUUUAACGAGAAUGCAGUUAUUAAAACCUGACUUCAGCAAAACAGAGCUGUCAGAGUCUGUAUUCCAAAAAGAAAAUCACGGAAGACGGAACUGAAGAAUUGCGUGGAAUUAAAGUGAACGCGAGUGGACACAUAAAAAGAUCUCAUUCAGUUUGCAGCGGACGCUUGGAAUCCACCGUUGGAAAAGUCCAGCGAUUUCGAGGUUGAAGUUCAUCGCGAAAAUGUGAUAUUAAGCGGCCCAGAGUUGGUCAAUAAUUUCGAGAGACGAUAGCAGUUACUGAGACACUACCCAGACGCUAUAGCCAUUGAGAUGGAUGGGAGAGGUAGGCCUAUGUAUAAUUAUAUAUAGUCAUUAAUUGAGUUAGCCAUAUUGAGGGUGAAAUUAGGGGCCAGUUCUUAGGGAAGAGGGGUCGCUCUUUCAGCAUCACAAGCCUCAGUUCUGUCUAUUGUUCUACUAAGAUCCAUUGCUCAUUACGCACAUUUUUGGAUUAACCCGUAUUGACCAGUCUCGUACCCAGGCGCAAAUAACAAAAAAUAGGCACACUACAGUGUUUUUAUAUAGAUCAGUCGCUCAGCUGAGCGAGCGCGCGGG